AUGAAGUUUCGUCUCAAUGGCCAGGCGGCCAUUGGUCUCCUCUCAUGCUUGACCUUGGUUUCAUCUCAAACAUACACGGACUGCAAUCCGCUGGAACAAUCCUGCUCUGCAAAUCCCGCACUAGGAACCUCAACCAACUUCGACUUUACCCAGGGCUCUUCCGAUGAGUUUACCGAAAUCAUGGCCCCGACAUACGGCAACGACGGUGCAGCCUUUACCGUGUCCAAACAAGGCGACGCUCCGAUGCUCCAGUCCAACUGGUAUAUCAUGUUCGGACAUGUUGAGUUCGUGAUCAAGGCUGCACCGGGAGUGGGCAUCGUUAGCAGUGCAGUCUUGCAGUCGGAUGACCUGGAUGAGAUUGACUGGGAAUGGCUGGGAGGCAACAAUGAACAUGUCCAAUCAAAUUACUUCGGAAAGGGCAACACCGACACGUACAACCGCGCAGCUACCCAUGACAAUGCAGGAAACCACGAUGAUUUCCACACUUAUACCAUCGACUGGACUAAGUCCCAUAUUGUGUGGCAGAUCGACGGCAAAACCGUUCGCGUACUCACUCCCGACUCUGCAGAGUCCAAUCAGUACCCCCAGACGCCCAUGAUGGUUAGGAUUGGUGUCUGGGCUGGUGGUGACCCUAACAAUCCCGAGGGAACAAUCCAAUGGGCGGGUGGAAAGACCGAUUAUACCGCUGGUCCCUUCACAAUGUACCUGAAGUCUCUCAAAGUAACCGACUAUUCAACCGGCAAUUCUUAUAAAUACGGUGAUAACAGCGGAUCAUGGCAGUCAAUUGAAGCAGAUGGGGGCGAGGUCAAUGGCAAUAGUGCGGCCCAAACUAUGACGGAUGUUGGCCCAGGACCUUCGAUAACCGCAACAGCUGACAGCGGCCCGAUUCCAUUUGAAGGAACACACCGCCAGACCACCAGUUAUACCCCACCAAACGUAUAUCCCUGGGUCCCAAACCCAAGCAGUGAUGGUGGCUCGCGUGAUUCACCGUCCACCGAUUUGCCAGGUGGUUGGCAAUUUGCUGGUUCCGGACAUGUGCAGCCGCCCAGUCGAUCCUCUAUGAUAUACACCCCCGUCUACAUCUGUCUCGCAUCACUCCUGGCUGGGUUCGUCCUCCCCUUCCGGCCCUGA